AUGAAGAUGUUAAUGCAGCGUCCACUAUACCAAGAUUCAGUUUCUGUAUUUCAGAUUAAUCCAAAAAAGGGAUGUGAAGUUGACCUGGUGUUUAGCACAGAGCGCUACCACCCAGAGCAGGAAGGUGAGGAACAUUUGGGGAAAUGUUCUGCUCAAGUGUUUUUCAAGAAUCAGAAACCCAGACCAGCUGUUAAUGUAACUUGUACACGGUUCCUCGAGAAAAAGAGAAGACUACAAGAGGAUUACCUGCUUUUCAAGCAAAUGAAGCGACUUAAGAACCCCUUGGAUAUAGUCAGCAUACCUGAUAGUCAUGGACAUAUCGAUCCUUCUCUGAGACCCAUCUGGGAUUUGGCUUUUCUCGGCAGCUCUUACGUGAUGUGGGAAAAGACAAGCCAGUUUUUACACUACUACUUGGCACAGCUCAGCAGUGUGAAGCAGUGGAAAACUGAUGAUGAUGCAAUUGAUUUUGAUUAUACUGUUCUACUUCAUGAAUUUUCAACGCAGGAAAUCAUUCCCUGUCAUAUUCACUUGGUCUGGUACCCUGGCAAACCACUAAAAGUGAAGUACCACUGUCAAGAGCCACCAACACCAGAAGAAGCCUCUGGAACCGAAGAAGGAUCAGCUGUGGCACCAACAGAGCUUAGUAAUUUCUAAAGAGAAAAAAAUAACCUGUUUAUACCAAAUUCUAGACAAAAUGACUGUGCUAGCCUAAAUCAUUAUUCUAGUAAAACAGUUAAUGUAUAGGCAUUCUAAUAAUUUGGGAACGCCUGUGAUUACAGUACUCAAAAAUUAAAAGAUGUUAGGGUUUUUGUUUGUUUUGCAAUUGGUCUACGUUAGAUUUUAACUCUGGGAGCAUGUGCAU